AUGGCUCCAACCAAUAAAAUCCUCGUCCUCGGCGCUGGCGAGCUGGGCACGGCUGUUCUCCUUGCACUCGCCAAACACCCCCAUGCCACCAACAACAGCAAUAUAUCUAUAUCUGUCCUCCUCCGUCAAUCGACAAUUACCUCCCCAAGUCCCCAAAAAGAUAAGGAACUUCAGGUCCUUCGCGAUAACAACGUCUCCUUCAUACCGGGCGACAUCGCCCUCGACUCACCCCAAACCCUGUCGUCUAUUUUCAAACAAUUCGACACGGUCGUCAGCUGUACCGGUUUCGCCGCGGGAUCAGGAACACAGCUUAAACUCGCUCGAGCCGUUCUCGACGCCAAAGUCGCAAGAUACAUCCCCUGGCAAUUCGGUGUCGACUACGACACGAUCGGUCGUGGAUCCGGACAGGAUCUGUUCGAUGAGCAACUCGAUGUGCGAGACGUACUAAGGAGCCAGAAGUCUACGCGGUGGACGAUUAUCUCGACGGGGAUGUUUACGAGUUUCCUGUUCGAGCCGAGUUUCGGGGUUGUGGAUUUGGAGAAAGGGGUUGUGACUGCGCUUGGGGGGUUGGGGAAUCGGGUUACUGUUACGGCGCCGGGUGAUAUUGGGAGGGUUACGGCGGAGAUUAUUCUUGGCGAUUAUGGGGAUGUGUUUGAGGAUAAGCCUGUCUUUGUUACAGGGGAUACAUUGAGUUAUGGACGGCUGGCGGAGAUUGUGGACGGUGUUACGGGGAGGAAGGUUGAAAGGAGGGUCAGGACUGUUGAAGCGGCAAGAGAGGACUUGGCCAGUGAUCCUGGGAAUUCUCUGUAUAAGUAUGAGAUUGUAUUUGGGGAGGGAAAAGGCGUUGCAUGGGACGCGGAGGAGACCUGGAACUACAAGCAUGGGAUCCGGCUCCAGUCGGCAGAGGAAUGGGCGAGAGAAAACCUGUCUUGA